AUGCAUUUCUUCAUGGGCUGGGCGACGUGGGAGAAGCUGGUGUUCGUAAGUACUGCUGGCCCCGAAUUCCGCAAUGCGGCAAGUCUGGCAUGCAUGACCAGCCCCGCUAACUCUUGCAUUGAGAUACUUGCAUGCGCCAUCUUUGUCACCGUGUUGCUUGGCUGCAUCAAACUCGGUUACUCACGCUGGAAACUACGCAAAUACAUGGCCGUCGCGGAGAAGGAGAGGAGGGAGCAGGGGAUGCGUCGGAGCGUCAGCCAGCGACGACGCCAGGAAGCCGCCGAGGGAACCGACGAGCCCUUUGGAAUCAAGGCGAUUGAGCGAGGUCGUGAGGUUGAGGGUGUGUGGAACUCUUCGGGCCACAACACGCCCCGCGCCAGCAGAGAGGACUCGGGAGCAUCUUCUCUAUGGAGCGACGUGCCCCUGAAAGAUCGUCCUCUGCUCGACAUCGAAAAGCAGGACGUGCAACCCAGCCACGACCCAACCGGCCCGGUCUCAACAACGGGAACAGUACCCCCUGCGAGUUCUGCUCUGGAUCAUUCGAUAUCUCGAGAGAGAGCUGUAAGCCUGCCGCCCAGUCGAGAUUCAUCGCCAGCUGCUGCCAUCACGAGACCCCCUAAGAGCAGACAUCCGCCGUCUUCGCUAUCAAAAUACGACAUCAACUCCCAUAUUCUACGACAGGACUCGGCGACUCUGACUUUGAAGGGGAUUGAUGCCGUGCACGAUGCCUUUGGCACGCUUCGAGGGCACGGCGACGGCUCUGGCGACGACAAUUACGGUAGCAACGAGUCAUCGAACCAAUCUAGUUACGGGAGUACCGAUAACGAACCCAUAGCUGCAUCAGCACCGCGACUACUCAAUCACCAACCACGGUCACGACCGCGACAGCACUCUUCGGACCUGGAUCUCAUGCAGAGUCACCGCAACUCGCAAGCUGCCGAAACUGGGCAAUUCACUCCACGUUUCCGAAGACCAGGUCCGAGCGGCGACUGGAGCAACUUUUCGAGGAUCUCGCAUACGACUCCUACGGAAUCCAAUGACUACUUCAGCCAGCAGCGCAAGGAGUCGCCUUCUAUCACCGACGAGAACGCUGUUUCACAUGCCAAGGGCAAGCAUGUUAGUCCGAUCGAUACCCUCCCAGCAGCCGUGCGACGCUCCAGCUUGCCAGAUGUGACUCCCUUUGCAAAGUUCUGCCAGACAGCGCCGUCUUCGCCCAUCUCUCCCCCAGGCAUUGCGUACGACAGAGAAACUCCUCGCCUGCGCAGCGACUCCACAAACAUUCACGCCUCCGCGCCCUCCAGUCCAGCCACCGUCGUUCCCCUGGCGGAGCUUCCCGCAACUGUUCCUAUCUCGAGCCCGCCGCAGCCUUCAACCCAGCAAUCGCCAGCGGCACCCGGAGCAGUGCAGCAAACCCGCACAUCUUUCGAGCGACGAGCUUCCUCCGUCCUUCGUGGCCAUGGUACAGGCUUCGAGAUCCUGAAGGCCGGGACGCUCAAGCCGGUCAUACCUGGAGAGAACGCUGUCGACAGACCAAACGCUGGACCGCCGGUCAACUUGCACGACAGCAGUGAUUCAAGACCACGGUCCAGCAGUACGGAUAGCCGUCGGAAGUUGCGCAAGAAGCGAUGGCCGAGUGCGGACGGCGAGGGAGGCUCGCGCACUAGCAUGACUGGUUGA